CUAAUGGAGAAUAUUUCAGAGGUGACUGAAUUCAUUCUGGUGGGGUUAACAGAUACAGUUAAGUUACAACUCCCUUUAUUUAUAAUUUUCACUCUCAUUUACUUCACUACUCUGAUUGGAAAUCUUGGGAUGAUAGUGUUGAUUCUGCUGGACUCCCGGCUCCACACUCCCAUGUACUUUUUUCUCAGUAACCUCUCCGUAGUGGACUGCGUUUAUACCUCGGCUGUCACUCCCAAGGUGAUGCUGGGAUUCCUUGCAGGAGAUAAAAUCAUGUCGUAUAAUGCAUGUGCUACCCAGAUGUUCUUCUUUGCAGCCUUUGCCACUACUGAAAGUUUUCUCCUGGCCUCGAUGGCCUUUGACCGUCAUACAGCAGUGUGUAAGCCGCUGCAUUAUACCACCACCAUGACAAGUACUAUGUGUAUCCUGCUGGUCACUGGUUCUUACAUCUCAGGGCUCUUACAAUCUUCCAUCCAUGUCAGUUUGACAUUUCGUCUCUCCUUCUGUCAUUCCAAUGUGAUUAAUCACUUUUUCUGUGACAUUCCCCCACUGCUGGCAAUUUCUUGUUCUGAUAUUCACACAAAUGAAAUUGUGCUCUUCACACUGGCAUCCUUCAACGUCUUUUUCACUCUCUUGAUAAUAUUGAACUCUUACCUGUUCAUUUCUGUGGCCAUCCUGAGGAUGAAUUCAGCAGAGGGACAGAGAAAGGCCUUCUCCACCUGUACCUCCCACCUCACUGCCGUUUCUAUUUUCUAUGGCACAAUCAUCUUCAUGUACCUGCAGCCAAGUUCUGGUCAUUCCAUGGACACAGAUAAAAUGGCGUCUGUCUUCUACACCAUGGUCAUCCCCAUGCUGAACCCACUGGUCUAUAGUCUGAGGAACAAGGAGGUGAAGAGUGCUUUCACAAAGAUUAUGGGAAAAGAAAAAUCUCCAUUCAGCUCAACCUACUAA